AUGGAAUUCCACACAAUAGAUUCGGAAAAAGUAUUGGCUCCAACAUUUACAGUCACAGGGAACAUUAGUAUGGUUGCACUGAUGGCAUCAUCUUUAGAAAAACUGGCUAACGUCGCUGCGUCUGAUGAGGCUGGGUCUGGUAAAACUCUCUUACGAAGAGUUAUUUCAGAUCGUGGUGUUUGGUUUGUUGAACCCGUCCCAAUCAAAUUACCAGGCUUUUCUGUGACCGUGCUACACGGCCACAUGGGCCAGAGAUUCAAUUGGAAAUGGCAGAGAUUUUUCCAACGGCAUCAUUUCGACUUGCCCGUAGAUUAUGGAAGGUUCUGUGGAGGUGAGAUUCCUCUGAUAGAUACGCGGGUGAAUAGUCCAAUGCUCACUGAAUUCUGCUUCGGUAUAAGAGAAAGAGCCGACAUUGAAGGAUCAGAACGGUUAGGGACUCUGUAG